CAUUCUAAAGAUACUGGGAUCCCAAAGCAAAGAAAUAUAGUGGAAAUUAUACUGAGAAGCUUCACUGGCCGUUGACACUGGAGUUCACAGAAAGGAAGCAAUGCUGAAUGCUUUAGAUGCUAUUCAUAAACCCAGCUCAUUUUAACUGACUGGUUUCCUCCAACAGCAUCAAUGGAACUCAAAACAACUAAACUACAACGCUGCUCGACACGCAAAGAUAACUUAUGACCAACAAGGCCAAAGGGCAUUUCAGUUUAACGCAGCAAAGUGAAAACAGUAUCCAAAACAUUAUUAACAUUAUCCAUAAACAUGCUAUUACUGUAACCAUGGUUUUGAGUUUGCCUAAUUUGAUUAUACUGAGAAAACUAUGCUAUGACUGGAGGCCCUAUCAUAGAAGUGAUCUCUCUUCAGAGGAAGUGAGAGAGAAAAAAAGAGAGAAUGAAAGGAGUGAUGUGUGUGUAUGUGUGUGUGUGUGUGUGUGUGUGCGUGUGCGUGUGUGUGUGUGUGUGUGUGUGUGUACAUACAUUUAAAUCUAAAAUAAAGUCAAAUGUUUAUAAUCUCUAAUAAAGGUAUAUUUUUUCUGUGUUCCACAGUGGCCAAAUGAAACUGGAAUACCCAAUCAGAGAUAUACUCUAAGUGCUCCAACCAACAUGAAGAUUUGUGUUUUUUGUGUCGUUACAUUUUAGUUACAUGUAUGUGUGAAAAUGUUUUAAAACAUUCCUUUGGACAUGCAUGUUAUAAGUGAAGUGCUGUGAGUGUGAGAAGGUUGUGAUGGUGUUCAACAUGUCUGAGGAGGACGUGAUUAACUGCACCAUCAGCCAUGAAAUCCACCAGUACCUCUUCUCCUGUGUGUAUAUUCUCGUACUUUUGGUUGGCGUUCCCUCCAACAUGUACUCUCUGUACCACGCUGCUCUGCAGCUGAAGCAGAAGAACGAGCUGGGAGUUUAUUUAAUGAACCUCACUGUGUCUGAUCUGUUAUAUCUGGCAUCAUUACCGCUGUGGCUACAGUACUUCUUCCAGGAUGAUGACUGGAGUCACAGGGAGUGGUUGUGUCAGCUCUGUGGCUUCCUGCUCUAUGAGAACAUCUAUAUCAGCAUUGGAUUUCUGUGCUGUAUCAGCCUAGAUCGCUACCUGGCUGUGGUCCACCCUUUAAGGUUCACCUCCCUCCGCUCUAUGAGUGCAGCGUGGCUUGUUAGCGCCUUCAUCUGGCUGAAGGAGCUCGCUGUGGGUGUGGUUUUCUUCCGCCAUAAAGAACUGAGCAAAGACCGCAAGAACCAAUCAGUGUGCUUCGAGCACUACCCCAUGCAGCCGUGGGAGUAUCCGAUCAACUAUUACCGCUUCACUAUUGGCUUCAUGUUCCCGCUGGCUAUUUUAUCGAUCAGCUACCUGUGUGUUCUUCGGGCCGUGGGUCGGAGUGCUGGGACACAGCCAGAUCAGAAGAUGAGGAUCAGGCAGUUAGUCAGCAGUACCAUCCUCAUCUUCCUAGUCUGCUUCUCCCCCUACCAUGUCUUCCUGUUAGUACGCACCUUGCUGGAGCGAGACUGCAACUUUAUCGCAGGAAUAUUUAACUACUACCACCUGUCAUUGUUGCUGACCAGCCUGAACUGCGUAGCCGACCCUGCUCUCUACUGCUUUGUAAGCGAAAGUGCCCGCGGCGGCCUGUACAGAGUCUUAUUCCAGCCUAUUGCUAGGAUACUAUGCUGCUGCUGUCGCCGUGGCAACACCAGCCCCGCAAACUCAGCCAACCCAGCCACCGAUUCCCACGAGGUCGCCACCGACGAGAACAACGGCCACCCGUCGGUAAUGCUGCUUACCCACACAAGGACACUUAACAACUUCAAAACAGGCUCUUCCAGCAAAAACAUAAUUUCAAUCACGCAGACUAAUGAAAAAUCUACUUUACCUUUAAAUAUAAAAAAUAACUGACACUCUGACAAACGUGUGGAUAGUGAUGGAAAGACCAGCUGCUUAACAGCCAUGGAAGAGCAGAGCCACAAGACAAAGGGAACCGAAGAGACUGAAAAGAACACCAGCUAAACAAUCCAAGGAGCUCAGUAACCAUGUUUGUGGAGGCAUAAGAGCAUGGGAUUAAGAGGACAGGACUGUCUGUCAAGGCUGCCCACCAAGCUGUGUUUACGUCAUUAUCACCUAAUGGCAUUGGACUGAAAGCAUUUUAUUCUCCCUAUGGAGUGAUUUCACUGAGCUUUGACACAACAACUGCCACUAUGUGAGAGCUCAACAUGAAUCUGACGUCUACUUUGCCACUGUAAAUGAUCUGUUUACAUUUCUCUCAUUUGUACACAAAGAAGCAAAGUGUAGUUUGAGAUUGACAAAAUGUUCUUAUGCAUCAGGAGGUCACACUUAUUGACCAUUGACCUUUAUUUAAUGGACAUUUCGUUACCAAACCCUUUUCUUUAAAGCUAUAGUAUUAUGCAGCCACUUUCUAAUAAUGUACCCUUUAUAAAGGGUAGUUGUUGGCUUUAUUAAUGGUUAAUAAAUCAUUUAUUAAUGUUUCAGUUAUAUAUUAAGCUAUCAUCAAUUAUAAGCAAUCAUUAACAACGAUGAUUGGGUUGUCAAUCAUAAAGUGGGUGGGCAUAAAGAAAAAAAAAAAAAUAGGCAACUAUUACCAUAACGUUACUUAAAUCACACUAUU